UUGUUGCUGCUGCUUCUUCUUCUUCAUUGCGUUUUUUUGUGUCUAGGAUGAAAGCCGCUAAUACCCCCAGCCUUCUUCAGCAUCGCUUCCAUAAACAUGCCCUUGUCCUGCAAGAGCUGAGCAAAGAUUUCAGCUUGGGAUGCAAGAUCUGUAGUAUCUCCGUGAAAGGUCCGGCCUACCAUUGCAUAGACUGCGAGUUCUUCCUCCACAAGUCAUGUGCCGAGUUGCCUCCCAAGAUUCAACAUCCCUCUCAUCCACAGCACCCGCUUGUAUUCUCCAUGGACGCAAGCCCGAGAUUUCGCUGUUAUGGGUGUCGUAACGCGCUACGUGAUAAAUGUUAUCAAUGUUAUGACUGUGAAAUAGACUUACAUGUGGGAUGUGCAGCUGCAACUCUCCCUCCUCCUAAGGAAGAAGAGCAGGAGGACGAGCAAAAGCACGAGGACAAGAACCACCAUGAGGAGGAGAUGAUUGAGCACUUUGCUCACGACCAUCGUCUUGCAUCCUUCCGCGUGGAUGCGCCAAAUUAUAUCGAAUGCAAGGCAUGCGGACAGCGGAUCUCCGGUCGUGUUUAUGGUUGCCGUGCCUGCAUAUUCGUGCUGCACGAAUCUUGCGCUCUGGCAUCCCGAGAGAUAAUUAAUCAUCCUUUCCAUCCACAGCACCCGCUCACCUUGCUUGUCGAUUCCGAGACUAGCUUUCGAUGCAAAGUCUGCGAGAGGUACUGUUGCUCUGCAUACAACUGUACUGAAUGUGAUUUCAAUCUCGAUAUGGAAUGUGCUGUUUCCAUUGUGCAUCCUCCUCGAGAUGAUCAGAUUUUUAAGGAGGAUAGGCAAGAGAUCAAUCACUUUUCUCACCCCCACCAACUGACAUCUUUUCAAGCAAAACCAGAGUUUCCUGCCACCUGCAGACUUUGCAAGGAAGGGAUAUCGGGUGAUUUUUACUGUUGCCCUGACUGCCUUUUAUUGCUCCACCCAGCGUGUGCCAAGUUGACACAAGAGAUUGUGCACCCUCUUCAUCCGGACCACCCUCUGAUCUGCCAAGCAGAUUUUCACAAUUGCUCUCUCUGCUCUGAUAAUACUCAUGGCUUUGGAUUCAAGUGUGAAGAGUGUCCCUUUGGCCUUCAUGUGGGAUGUGCUCUCCAAUCAAUCUCUGCUAAGAAAGAGGAAUUAAUUCUUAACAGUGAGCUUUACCAAGAACACUGCAUGAGGCUUCGGCGUCUGACUAAGGGAUAUGCCUGUUUUCUCUGCAAGUGGCCUGUUGUAGGUCUAGGUUAUGACUGUCCAGAAGCUUUCCGCACGCUGGAUUCCCAUAAAACAUGUGCUCAACUACCAGGUGUAUACCCUAUUCACCCACAACAUCCGCUCGUUCUUCUUUCUGAGCGGCUCGAAACAAUCAUUCCUUGCUCUGCAUGUCUUGGAAGUGAAUACCUCAUGGGGAUGACUAAUGGAUUCACUUUUUACUGUGAUGAUUGUAAGAUCCAGUUCCAUGCACAUUGUGCUAUGAGGAGGCCGUCUCUGAAACAUCAGCGUCACGAGCACAGCCUAUCCUAUUUCGAUACGAUAUGCCACAAGCCAUACAGAGUGCCAUGCAAUGUGUGUUAUGAUGAUUGCAGGAUUGACUUCUACCGCUGUGUUCCGUGCAACUAUAAUCUUCACUUCAGUUGCUUGCCUCUGCCCCCUUCUGCUAAACACGAAUUUCAUUACCAUCAGCUGGUGCUCCGUGAUAGAUUUGUUGAUGACCUUUAUGAUUAUGAGGAGCAAUACUGCGACGUGUGUGAGACACUCAGGCACCCGGAACAUGGUGUUUAUUAUUGCGAGGAGUGUAAUUAUGAUGCUCAUAUCGACUGCGUCAUCCCCAAGGCAAAUCUCGAGAAAAGGAGACAAAUGGAGGACAUUAAGCUCAAGCAUCUGGAUGAACAAAUUGCAAAUAAAGUAGCGGGGGCAGAGACAUUGAAGAUAAAAAUGGAAAUGGCAAAGAAAGAAUGGGAAAUGUCAAAGGAAAAAUGGGAAACAGCAAUGAAAGAUCUGGAGGAGCUCAAGGAAAAGAGACGAGAGACAUUGAGCUCUUGAGCGCAGCAGGAAGAAGAGUUGAAUAGGCCAUGACCUUGGGAGUUUCGAAAUGCUUUCUCUUGGCACAUCGUUCAUAAUAAUAGGGAUCUCAUGCAUCCAAUUGGUCCAAAUAGAUUUUAUUCAUUAUGUGCAUCAGUGAGCAGAGAUCUUAUUCUGCGCUUGUCAUUCUUAUUAUGAUCUAAAAUUACUUCUUAAGGACCAGAUUACUGAUUAUUGAAGUGUUCAAGUACUUCUAAAAAGCCAAAUUGUGUGA